UGCUAACCAACCCUGGCGCGCGUUGAUUCUUGGAGACCCCAGGCCCGAGCAGGGAGACAGAAAAGAGGGACAAUGGAGAGCCUCUUGUUCCCUUUCUUUUGAACCAGACCUCCCACAAACCAUUGCCUAUUGACUACCUACCCAAAGUUUCCAGUAACUCUUCAUAUCAAUCACUGGAUUCGGUCGGAUUAAUCGAGAAAGAUGACGCAGGCAGACGCUAUAAGCAAAUCCGAUGCCCUGAUAGCUUUGAUGGGCUUGACCGGCGCCGGCAAGACGACAUUUGCAAACGUCGCGGUUGGCGACCCAACCAAGUUGCAGGUCGGGCAUGGCGUGAAUCCAUGCACACAAGAUCCCCAGAUCGUCCGUUUUGCUCUAGACGGCCGCACAGUUGUUCUGAUAGACACUCCCGGGUUCGAUGACGACACUCGGUCUGACGUGGAGAUUCUUCAAGACAUCGUCAAGUGGUUGGCCGAUAAGGGAUAUCUCAAAAAGUACCGCCUCGACGGCCUGAUCAUGCUCCACCCCAUUACUAUGAACCGGGUCGGCGGGACCGAGAGGAGACGUACUCGCCUCCUCCAGAAAAUUCUAGGCGAGAAGGCCUACGAGAGGAUCAUCAUCGCGACCACCAUGUGGGACGACAUGAAGUCGGAAGACGCUAUGCAAAGCCGGCUCGAUGGCCGGAAAGCUGCAGGGGGUGUGUGGGCCGAGCUAGUUGGCAAGGGCACCCAGAUUGUGCGACAUCAAAACAACCAAGAGUCAACGCACAAGAUCAUCCGGAAGAUCAUCAAGACAUCAGAUAGGCUUGGAAAGCUCGAGCCUUUGCUCCAAACCGAGUUGGAGAUCAACCCGCGCGUCGUCACUACGUCAGCCGGCAAGGAGGUGAAGAGUGAGAUCUUGAAAAGUAUCAAGAAAACCAGGAAAGAUAUCAAGGAACACCAGCAAACUCGCCCCCAACGGCCUGGAAAACGGUGUUCAGAUGCUACCAUUCGGAGGGAGUGGAAGGAGUGGCGCGAGGACGAGAGGCUGCUGGAUGAGAAGCUCGACAUGCUGGAAUUCCGGCUGAAAAAGUUAAACUCCUUGUCUUUCCGAUUCAAAAGUUUUCUUUCCUCGUUGUUUGGUAGAUAGGUAGCUUCGUCGGUUGUUACAUGCUAUCCCGUCUGUUAUUUAAGGACUGGGAGGGUAGGAGGGGCCAGAAGUCAAUUGAGUUGGUUGGUACCCACCAAUACCGUGAUAAUAACCCAGCGAGUGCUCUGCACUUGAGCCUGUUGUGCCCAGGUCUUUACCGUGGCAGUAACAGCAACCCAUGGCAUUUGCAAGGUUGUGUCGCUCUGGGAUCCGGAAAGCAAUCCAUGAUCAAUCACUCAAGUUGUUUAACGCAGACUAGCACGCACCCGGACCCAUUUGCGAUUGGGUCGG